AUGUCACUCACCCGCACCCUUCUCCGCACCCCGCACACAAUAGCCUGCAUCGGCCGCAACUACGCCGACCACAUCAAAGAGCUCAACAACACCACCCCAGCGUCCCAUUCUUCUUCCUCAAGCCCCCCGGCACCCUUCUACACCCCAACGCCGGGCCCGUGCUACCAAGAAACCGCCAAAUCCAAGCGCCUCCCCUGGACGCUCUGCAAAGGCUUCAAGACCUUCCUCCCCGUCUCGGGGUUCAUCCCAAAGUCACUCAUCCCCAACGCGCAGGACGCAGAGCUGUACUUGAGCGUGAACGGGGAGGUGCGGCAGCAGGACAGCACGGCGCUGAUGCUGUUCGGCGUGCCAAAGCUGCUGCAGCACGUCACGGGCGUGACGACGCUGUAUGAGGACGACCUUGUGCUCACGGGGACGCCGAAGGGUGUUGGUAAAGUGGUGGCCGGCGAUGUGAUGCGUGCGGGGAUAAGGGUUGGUGGCAGGGAUAUUGAGGAGGGGAGGAUAGAGGUUCGGGUGGAGGAUCGGGUGGGGGGGUUUGGGGCGUAG